AUGUACACAAUUUGGGUAUUAGCGCUCGCCUUAGGCGUAGCGGUAGCUGACGUUGGCAUCGGGUACCAAUAUAACAAGCCGGCCACUACAUACGGCUUACCGUCUUACCAAGUCAGCAGCAGCGGAAGCAAAUAUAACUCUGCUUUUUCAUCUCAAUCCUCCGGCUCAGGCUUGGGUCAAGGACAAGGUACAGGUUAUACCUAUGACAGAACAAGCUCAAGUGGUUCCUCAAAAUACAAUUCAGGAGGCCUUGGCUCUAGUUCCUCAACCUACAAAGAGCAGGGUUCAAGCUCUGGAUCUAAUUAUAAUGGUUUUGCUACACCAAGCCAAAGUUCAUCUUCAACCUAUAAUAAUUUAGGAUCUGGUGCCUCUGGUUCAAACGCUUAUGGCUCGACUUCCGGUUCCGGAUACAACUCCUUUAGCUCUACGGGUUUGGGGUCUGGAUCCUUAUACAAUGUACACGAUGGCUCUAAUGCAGGGUUAAAUUCAAGAUACAAUUUCUUUGGCACAGGCAGUGGCUCCAACUCAAACAAUAAUAUUGGAACUUCCCAAGGCGGGUACUAUACUUCCGGUUUUGGUCAGAACGCUGGCUAUGGCUACCAAACCGUUGAUACGGGUGAAUUAGAUAACAUUGGUAGAUACUAUCAGGCCGCCAGCGCUGCUAAUCAAUUUGUGUCACCAAAUCAGUAUAAAAAUAUAGCCACUCUUAAUUAUCAAGACUAUUUUAAACAUGUACAAACACAACCAGCUCAAAUAUUUAAGCAUUUUUAUGUCCACGCUGCACCCGAAGAACCUGAACCAAUCAAAUCUCAUGAGCCUAUAGUUCUUCCACCACCACAGAAGCAUUAUAAAAUUAUAUUCAUAAAGGCCCCAGCUCAACAACCUCAAGAACCUCAAAUCAUUCCAGUAUCACAACAGAAUGAAGAGAAGACUAUCGUUUAUGUACUUCUCAAAAAGCCUGAAGAUGCAAAGAAUGUCAUAUUACCUAAAUUGGAACAGAAAGCACCAGUUAAACCUGAUGUUUUCUUCCUCAAAUAUAAUGAUAAACAAGAUUCUCAGGUUUUGAUCGACAAUAUUGUUAAUGACUACAACAAAGGUGGAGUUUCUGCUAGUUUCUCUGGUGUAGGAAUCGGAAACUCCGAUUAUAAAUUUGACACAGAAUCUUCAACAAAUUCUUUCGGAGGAAAUUCUGAGAAUGUAUUAUCUGCGGCAUUAGGAACUUCUUACUCAUUACCAAGUACCACAGUAAUUUCAUCGACUACUCCAAGUAGUUUUAGUUCAAGCAGCAAUAGCAACUUAGCAUCUGGCUCUAGUUUUGAAUCAGGUAGCACUUUUACUUCUAAGCCUAGCUCCAGUUUUGGAACUACCUCUAAUGUAUACGAUGGGUUCUCUAGUUCUACUAUAAAGCCUAUUAGUACCCUAGAAGAAUCCUCCAAUACUGUAAAUAUCGGUUCUAGCAGCUUAUCAUCUGGAAGUGGUAGCGUGUCUGCAAGCAAGCCAAGUACUAGCUUCAGCUCAGGUUCCUCUGCUUUUGAUUCGAAUAGUAGUCUUUCAUCUAGUUCAUUGGGUAACAAUAUUUUAUCGGGUUUAUCAGGAUCUGAUAAUGUAAAUUCAAGAUUUGGUAGCUCUGAAUAUACUUCUAGCAAGUUUACUUCUAGUUCAAAUAAUUAUGAUACUUCAGGAGUUAAUGCCGGCAGUUCUAAUUUAAAUAAAUAUAGCGUUGGAACGGCUAGUACCACUGCACCUGGUGUUUCCAGUUUAGGAACCACUUUAUCGUCGGGUGGAGUUAAUUCAGGAAGUUUUGGUUCUGGUUUCAGCAGUUUGGGAAGUAACACUAUUUCCCAAUUUAGUUCCGGUACAAAUGGCUUAGGAAGCAACAAAUAUAAUCUUGGUUCAGUAUACAAAGUUGGAACACCCACUGUAAGCUUUGGUACUGGUAUUAGUGGCUUGGCUGGAGCCAAUAAAUAUGGUUAUGGAUCAUCAUAUGGAUCAGGUAGCACAUCAGGAUCAAGUUCUGGAGGCUUAGGUGCUGGUUCAAGUGGUUUUGGAACCAACAAAUAUAGUUUUGGUACUGGUAGUAACUUCGGGUCCAGCUCUGGAGGCUAUGGAUCAAAGUCUGGUAAUUUUGGAUCUAGCAGUAGUACUAAUAAAUAUAAUAAAUAUAGUUCUACUAGUUUUGGAACAAGCGGUGCUGGUUCUAACUCAGGAAACUAUGGUUCUUCUGGUUUGGUUUCUAAAUUCAAUACUGGAUCUGGUACAAUUUCUAUUGGUAAUUCUGGUCUUUCAUCUGGAUCUCUUUCUGAAUCAUCUUCCAUCAAACCAGAAACUAGUUCUGGAGUCGUUAGUUCUGAUAUUACUUCAAAUUUUGAUAAAUACCUUUCUGGUUCCGGAAAUUUCGGUUCUAGCUCAAGUGGGCUAUCCGCAAAUUCUGCUUCUGGCAGUUCAGAACUUUUAUCUGGAUUCGGUACUGGUGUAUCAAGUACCGUUAGUCCAUCUAAUUCAGGCGUUAACUUUGGCUCAGGUUCAGGUAACGGCUCAGGGUCUAGCAGUUACGAGUCAAGUAAAUCUAGUGGCUAUGAAUCUGUUUCUAGUAACUUUUCUUCCAGUGGUUCGGACGCAGGUAAAUUCAAUUCUGAUUCUGGCAGCUCAAGCUCUAACUAUGAUUCAAGCCUUAUUGCAACUAGUCAGGGCGUUCCACAUGAAACUUAUGGAUCACCUACAUUUAAAGUUUAU